UUGAUUAUCACAAUCCUGAGUCGCUGCUUACUGGCCUUUUAACAAGAGAAGCCCAUCAAAAGGGCUCCUUAUUGGAACCAAGUAAAGACCGAACAUUAUCGCUCAUGAUAUUGAUUGCCAUUGGUGGUUAAUCUGAAGAAAGGCAAGAAAAAUGGCCACAAGUGAGGCGGCGACUGCGACAGCGGCGGCGGGGACUGACAAUCAGCCGCACAAAUUAGAAAGAAAAUGGACGUUUUGGUUCGACAACCAAUCCAAGCCCAAACAAGGCGCCGCCUGGGGCACCUCGCUUCGCAAGGUUUACACUUUCGACACCGUCGAAGAAUUCUGGUGUUUGUACGAUCAGAUAUUCAAGCCCAGCAGAUUGCCUAUUAAUGCUGAUUUCCAUUUGUUCAAAGCUGGAAUUGAACCGAAAUGGGAAGAUCCCGAGUGUGCUAACGGAGGAAAGUGGUCUGUCACCAGCAACAGAAAGGCUAACCUUGAUAAUAUGUGGCUGGAAACUAUGAUGGCUUUGAUUGGAGAGCAAUUUGAUGAGGCAGAUGAGAUUUGUGGUGUUGUUGCAAGUGUACGCCACCAGAGGCAGGACAAACUUGCAUUGUGGACCAAGACGGCUGCAAAUGAGGCUGCCCAGAUGGGCAUUGGAAAGAAGUGGAAGGAGAUCAUCGAUGUCACUGAUAGGAUCACUUACAGCUUCCAUGAUGAUUCUAGAAGGGAAAGAUCAGUGAAAAGUCGAUACAACGUAUGAACUCAUUGUGAUGAUUUUGUCGCAGAGGCCCGUGUUCCAAGCUGCCACACUAUGGCUAAAGCUAAUGAAACUUUUGCUGUAUUUUUUGUGCUCUGUUUACCGAAAACAGCUGAUAAUUUAAAUAUGUUGCGCAAGAUGCUUUCUUGGAUGUAAUGUAUUGCAUAAUAUUCCUUGUUUUGAUAUGUGAUGUUGUGAUUUUUUUGUC